AUGGGGCUGUCUCGCCAAGCCGCUGUGGCGGGAGCUAUUCGUGAGCAAAAGCUGCUGCGACAGCGCGAAGCCUACUUGGCUGCAGCUAAAGAUGUAUUAGCCGAGCGUCGACAGCUUCAGCACAAUGCACAGGUUUCCAGGAGAAGAGAAGCUGCAGCAGAGGAGGCCACAUUACGUAGGAGGGUUCUUGAGCUCCGACGGCAACUGGCUCCACGAUUGGAAGAACGACGACGCAAGCUGAAAGCAUUGCUCGACAGCGAGCACGCCCAAGCUGAAGCUGCUCUGCGGCAGCUCCAGGAUAGUGCAGCAACGAGGGAGAAGGCCAUCAUGCAGCGUGCUACAGCCCUAAAACAGAAACACGAUCAGGAGCGGGACAGAGAGGACGAGCGCUUGCUUGCCCUCAGAAUGAAGCAAGAACAAGGGGAGCUGCGCUCGCAAGAAUAUAAGCAGCUUGUACAGGAGAUGCUGGCUGCAAACGCACUGCAAAUAGCGUCCAAACAGAGGCAACAGCAGGAGAAGGCCGAGGAAGAAAAUGUGUUCCAUGCUCUUUGGACAGAAGGACUCAAUGAAAAGAGGUUACGUGACAGAAGAGCCAUCAUCGCGAAUAUGAAGAAGGCUGAGGAAACGAAAGCCGCUCUGCUCGAGCAGAUUGCCAAAAGAGAGGAGAAACGAAAGGAGGAGCUCGAAAGGAUCCGAAUCGAAAACGAAGCAGAAAUCUCUCGUCUUCAAGAAGAGGCCGAGGCAGCGACAGAGCAGCGCCGGCAGCAACAAGCAGCUGCCAUACAACGAAGAAAAGAGAUGGAUCUGUUCCUUGCAGAACAACUGAAAGAAAGAAAUAGACAGCGGUUGGAAGAUGCAGAACUCGAGAGGCGCCAACUAGACACACAAGCUAAAAUGGGGCUGCAAGCGGAGGAUCGUGCAAGGUUUAUUAAGGAAAUAGAAGUUAACAAUGCGCAUCAUGUUCGGAUCCUCAUGCAACAAGAAAAACAGCGACAACUGCAGGAACUCCGCGAAUUCGACUCCUUUUGUGUUAGAGAACAGCUUGCAGAGGAGGAACGAAAGGAGCUUGAGCGCGCCGAGGCAGAUGCUGCACGACGGCAGAGAGCGCGUGCAGUAGCCGACGAAUGCAGAGAACAAGUAAAGAAACGAGAAGCUAUUAAGGCGGCACUCGAGCGUGAGAAGGAAGUCGAAAGGGCUCAAGUUACAGCAGCUCUAGAGCAGUACAAAGCUUCGCUUCGACAGGAACGGUUAUCGCGUCUUGAAGCCAUGCAAACCUAUCGCGACGCUCUGGAUAGUCAAAUAGCACAGCGAAAGCUACUGAAGAACACGUCAUAG